GGUGGGGCUUCGGGCGGGAGUUGCUGGCAUGGCCGGCGGGGCCCGCGAGGUGCUCACGCUGCAGUUGGGACAUUUUGCGGGUUUCGUGGGAGCGCACUGGUGGAACCAGCAGGAUGCUGCGCUGGGCCGAGCAACUGAUGGCAAGGAGUCGCCGAGAGAGCUGUGCCCAGACGUCCUAUACCGGACGGGCCGGACGCUGCACGGCCAGGAAACGUACACGCCGCGACUCAUCCUCAUGGAUCUCAAGGGCAGUCUGAACUCUCUAAAAGAGGAAGGCGGCCUCUACAAGGACAAAGAGCUAGAGGCUGCAAUAGCAUGGCAGGGGAAGCUCACCACACACAAAGAGGAAGCCUACCCCAAGAACCCUAACCUCCAGGACCUUCUAAGUGCAGAGGGAGUACUGAGUAGUGAUGGUGUCUGGAGGGCCAAAUCUAUCCAAAAUGGCAAAGGUCCCCCAUCAGUCAUCCAUGCUACAAAUCCAAAACCACUUAUCCCCACAGAGGAUAGCAUCAGAGUUUGGUCAGACUUCCUCAGAGUCCAUCUCCAUCCCCGGAGCAUCUGUGUGAUUCAGAAGUACAACCAUGAUGGGGAAACAGGUCGGCUAGAGGCUUUUGGCCAAGGGGAGAGCAUCCUGAAGGAACCCAGGUACCUGGAAGAGCUGGAGGACAGACUGCAUUUCUAUGUGGAGGAAUGUGACUACUUGCAGGGCUUCCAGAUCCUGUGUGACCUGCAUGAUGGUUUUUCUGGGGAGCCUCAGAAAAACAUCUAUCGUCUGUUAAACACAGCAUUUGGACUGGUGCACUUGACUGCUUACAGCUCUUUCACCUGUCCCUUAUCCUUGGGAGGGAACCUGGGCCUGCGACCAAAGCCACCUGUUAGCUUCCCUUAUCUACAAUAUGAUGCCACUCUGCCCUUCCACUGUAGCGCCAUCCUGGCUACAGCCCUGGACACUGUCACUGCUCCGUAUCGCCUACAUUCCUCUCCAGUUUCCAUGGCUCAUUUGGCUGAUUUGCUGAGUUUCUCUGGGAGAAAGGUGGUGACAGCAGAAGCCAUCAUCCCCUUCCCAUUGGUUCCAGGCCAGUCCCUCCCUGACAUCCUGAUGCAAGUUGGAGGUGCCACCCCAUGGACCCCAUUGUCUGCAUGCGGGGAUCCUACUGGAACACUCUGCUUUGCCCAGUCAGUGGUGCUGAGGGGUAUAGACAGUGCAUGCCACACCAGUAAGCUCACCCCAGGGACACCUUUGCCUUCUGCUCUCCAUGCAUGUGCCUCUGGGGAAGAAGUCUUGGCCCAGUAUUUACAACAGCAGCGACCUAGUGUCUUGAGCUCAUCCCAUCUGCUGCUGACUCCCUGUAGAGUGGCUCCUCCUUACCCACACCUCUUCUCAAGCUUCAGUCAGAAGGGGGUGGCUCUGGACAGUCCCCCCAAAGGCACAGCAGUGCAGAGCAUCCCAGUGUUUGGGGCCCUGCGUUCAUCUUCAUCCUUGCAUCAGACCUUGGGAGGCUUAGCUGAGGAGCUCACCAGACUUGACCUGCGGCGCUGGGCCAGCUUCAUGGAUACAGGCAUGGAGCAGGACGACAUGGAAGAGCUGCUACAAGAGCUGCACAGCCUGGCCUGCUGUUACCAGGAGGGCGACAGCCUCUCAAACUGAAGCUCGAGUCAGGGAGGAGGACUAGUUUACAAUAAAAGCUGCUGGGUGGAGGAGCCCAGUGCCUAUAGGCAGCAAAGUUCAGUGUCUUGGGACUGGCUACAUGACAUAGACAUUUGUACAUUUAAAAACACUGGGAGUAGACCAUAGAACAAUAAAUAAGUACCAUCGGACAGAAAGAAAAAUGGAGAGAAAAGAGCCAAACCCCAUUCUUCCCCUGCUAUUUACAAAGUGGGUUAGUAUGGUCUUUGUCCCUAGCUCUGCUCUCAGCUCUGCUCUCCAGCUCUGCAGGUGAUGCUCAGAGUCUCCAAUAAAUGAAGUCUAACCACCCUAUCCUCUAGUACAGGGUGGCUCUUGUUGGUCCUGGCAGGUGACACCCAC